AUGGGCACAACAACACCAUCGUCAUCGUCAUCAUCAUCAUCAGCAAAAUCAGCUGUGGCAGUGCAACACUUCCUCUCUGGCCUUGGGUCGGGAGUGGCUUCAGCCGUGCUGCUGCAGCCGCUGGAUCUCCUCAAGACGCGGACGCAGCAAUCGAGUCGUCUCUCACUGCUGAGCUCCUGGAAGGAAUUGACACAGUCGCCACAUCCAAUCCGGGCGCUGUGGAGGGGAACUGUGCCGUCGUCGCUGCGCACAGGCAUAGGAUCGGCCAUUUACUUCUCGUCGCUGCAUAGCAUCCGCGAGUUCAUCCAGCGGUCAAAUGCACUCAACCAGCAGAUCCAUCCCCACAGCGCCUCGUCGUCGUCGCUGCCGAAGCUGAGCAAUUCGGCCAACGUGGUGGCUGGCGCUGUGGCACGGACAUGGGCAGGCUUUGUGCUGAUGCCGUUGACCGUCAUCAAGGUCCGGUUUGAGUCGACUCUCUACUCCUACCCUUCCAUGUGGGCCGCCGUCAAAGAUAUCCAUCACCAGGCAGGCAUCCGGGGCUUCUUCUCUGGCUUUGGCGCAACUGCCAUCCGGGACGCCCCCUAUGCGGGCCUGUACGUAUCCAUUUACGAGAUGCUGAAAAGGGAACUGGGCUCCUUCGUUUCUCACGACGGCAUGACCCCCUCCAUGGCCAGCUCUGUCAAUUUUGCCUCGGCCAUCUCGGCGGGCGCAAUCUGCUCGGCAAUAUCAAACCCAAUCGACGUCUGCAAGACGCGCAUUCAGCUACAGCCGGACCAAUACCGGAAUAUGAUUCAUGCUGGCUACAGAAUGGUCACUGAAGAAGGCCUCCAUUCAUUAUGGCGCGGGCUGGUCCUCCGGAUGAGUCGCAAAGCACUGAGCUCUGCGCUUUCAUGGACGAUAUACGAGGAACUCAUCCGUAGAUAUGCUGGCAGCUACGGCGCAAGGCGUAGUCUCAAAUCAAUGUAAUUUGGCUAAACCUGAUAUUCAGGAUUUAGAGAAAAGAGGGAGAGAAAAAAAAAGAAGACAUGUUGCAUAAGGGUCAUAAGAUUCAUAAGAGUAUCAAGAAUAUUCCACUCUAUCAAUCAGGAAAAUACAGCCUCAAAACCAAUCAAUAGCAGUAAUACGGACUACAUAAAAUAUAGAUAUCUGGCCGGAAAACAAUUUUUUGCAAUAAAACAUGGUCUCGUAAAAAAAUCAUUCAUUAGUUUAGGACGGACGAGCUCCUGCCAGGUACAUAAGCAGCGGUCCUGGAGACUUGCUCCUCUUGCGGUCGUGCUUGGACUUCUUGCGGAUAAUCUCAACGUCGGUGCUUUUGCUUCGGUGGUGUGAGUGAGACGAGCGCCUGGUGUCUUCGACCAUUAGGGUGGUCCUGCUAGUUCGCCUCUCUCGAACCUGCUUGGUGUGUUCCCAGAACUGGUCUUGCUCCCAUUCGGGGACCCAGCGCUUGACUAGGACAUACUCGGGAUC